ACCCCACCUCUGAGUAUGAGGUCACCCUGCGGUGCUGGGCCCUGGACUUCUACCCUGCGGACAUCACCCUGACCUGGCAGCAAGAUGGGGAGGACCUGACCCAGGAGAUGGAGCUGGUGGAGACCAGGCCAGGGGAAGAUGGAACCUUCCAGAAGUGGGCGGCUGUGGUGGUGCCUUCUGGAGAAGAGGAGAGAUACAUGUGUCACGAGCAGCAUGAAGGCCUGCUGGAGCCCCAAGUCCUGAGAUGGGUGCCCCCUCCUCAGUCCUCCAUCCCUACCAUGGACAUCAUUGCUGGCCUGGUUCUCCCUGAAGCUGUGCUCACUGGAGCUGCGGUGGCUGCAGCUGUGAUGUGGAGGAAGAAACUCAGGUCCAGGACUCACUAGAAGUCCACAAAGCAGCUUCUGAGCAGGACUGAAAAAGCAUUGGACCUAAAGAAGAGGAGGAGGAUUAGAAAUAUCUCAUGGUUGGUUUGAGGUAUAAGGAGCUGGGCAGGACCCCGCCCCUCACCCUGGCUCCUAGGAUGUGGUGGCAUCUUCAUCCCUGACAGCUCCCUCCCCCACACCCCAAGGUUCAUCUCCUUUGGAGUCACCUGUAUAUGUACAUAUAUGUAUACGUGUAAUCCCAGCUGCUUCUUGAUUUGUCACCUUUCUGGGGCAUAUAGGUUGUUCCCAUAGCUUGGCUACUGUAAAUAGUGCUGCAGUGGUGACAGGAGUGCAGGUCCCUUCACAGGAAAGUAUUUAUCCUCUGUGAGUAGAUCCUCAGUGUAGAAUUGCUGGGUCCAAUGGCAGAACCACAUUCACUCUUUUAAAAAACCUCAAUCCUGUUUCCAUAAGGGCUGGCUCAGUCUAUAUCCAAACACAAUGCAGGACUGUCCUCUUUUUUCCACAUCCUUGCCAGCACUUGAGUUUCUGGUCUCUUGGAUACAUUCCAUUCUCACAGGUGUGAAGGUUUAAACCAGGGGAUUAUAAAGGCACAAAAUGUGGGCAAAAAGAAAUCCUGUAACACUCAGACCAACACAAGGCUGUCUCUCACUGUGAAA